CCUUCUAAUAUAAACCGAGCAACAGUCGUUUUGGAAAAAAGAAUGGACCUCUCACGAAAUUUCAUCGUUUAUAAUUUAAGAUACUUCCUCCUGAGUUCAACUAAAAAAUCAUACGUACAACAAACAAGAUACAUCAGAUUAGCAGAAGUUGGAAAACUCGAAACUCCUAAAUUGCAAGGAAAAUAUGAAACAGGUCAGUUGAUCCUGCAUAGAGUUUUCGGCUAUCGAGGAGUAAUUCUAUUUCCAUGGCUAGCAAGAGUAUAUGAUAGGGAUAUACCAAAUAAAAAGGAAGAAAACAGCGAUAGGAAUUUUAAUAGUGUCGGUAAAGAAGUCAAAGGGAGGACACACACAUUUUAUCAAGUUCUAAUAGAUCAAAGAGAUUGUCCGUACAUACGUGCUCAAACAGAAGCAGUGACAUUUUUGGGUAAUCAUGAGAGCAGCCGCAGUCUGUAUGCAAUACCAGGCCUAGAUUAUGUUGCUCAUGAAGAUAUUUUGCCAUAUACUACAAAUGAGAAAACUGCAUUGCAACACGAACUUUUUGAUAAGUUUUUAACUUAUGAUUCAGACAGAGAUCCAUGUUUUAUUGCGCAAGAGACACUGAAAGCAUGGCAAAAAAAGAACCAUCCAUGGUUAGAAUUAUCUGAUGUUCAUAAAGAAACAACAGAAAAUAUACGUAUUACUGUGAUACCAUUUUAUAUGGGUUGUAGAGAAAAUCAAACUACAUCCGUUUAUUGGUGGCGAUAUUGCAUUCGUUUGGAAAAUUUAGGAGAUUUGAGUGUACAAUUAAGAGAAAGGCAUUGGAGAAUAUUUAGUCUUUCUGGUACAUUAGAAACUGUUAGAGGGAGGGGAGUUGUAGGGCAAGAGCCUGUACUAUCUAAAACCUUGCCUGCAUUUCAAUAUAGUAGUCAUGUUAGUUUGCAAGCUCCAAGUGGUCACAUGUGGGGAACAUUUAGAAUGGAGAGAGAAGAUGGAUAUGCAUUCGAUUGUAGGAUACCACCUUUCUCGUUAGAAUCGAAAACAGAAGAAACACCUAUACCGGAUGUGGAACCAUGAUAUUUUUAUGGAAAAAAUUUAGAAAUAUUCAACAAUCGUAUUUCCCGUUUUUCAGCAAAGACUUUGUCCAUCUUACGAUAUAAUAGCUGUCUAAAUCGAGAAUUACUUAAUUAUACAUCUCUUAUCCUUUUUAGUUUCAUCAAACUGUAUAUAUUAAUUACAUAUAUGCUCUGCACAUCUUUGAGUAGUAGAUCAUAAAUAUAACGAUGUAGCAUCUUAA